AUGUACAUUCUGCAAACACCAUCACGGUAAACAUAUCACAAACGACGCGCAAUUAUUUUUAUUUUUCGCAUUUUUUUCGACGAAAGCGCGAACGAUAAGCUUCUAAAAAAGCUUCUUUGUUUUACGAAGGUUUUCUAAUAUUGUAUAUGUUAUAAUUGCAGAAACAUGGGUGACUUUGUGCCUGGCUUUGAACAAAGAGACAGCGAUAAUCGCAGUUUUGGACAUUCUCGUUUACCAACUCUUGGAGCAAUUCCUGUAAAAAAUGAUAAAGGCCAAAUUGUAAUGCAAAAGGUGAAAGUAAAUCGAUAUGUCGCAGGUAAAGUACCGGAUUUUGCACGCGGUUAUAACUCGGAGGGAUCGGAGUCAGAGGAAGAAGAAGAGGAAAGAGAACAAGUUGAUAAUCGAUCAAGAAAUCGUGAAAGAGAAAGAGGACGAGAAAGUGAUCGAGAUAGAAGAAGUGGACCAAGUUCAUCAAGACAUGUUGAAGAACCUGAAAUACUUGGAAAACAAGAAGAAUCGGAAGAAGAUGAGGAUAAAAUAGAAGAAAGAAGACAAAGAGCUCGAAUGAGGAGAAUUGAACUGACUGAAAAUAAUAAAGAUGAAGAAGAUGAAUAUGAAGAAAGUGAUGAAGAAGAUUAUGAAAGAAAACGGCAAAUGAUUAGAGAAAGAGCAAUGAAAAGAGAACAUGAUAUGGAAAUUAAACGAGAAAUGAAAGAAGAACUCGAAGAAGAGGAAUCAGCAGAUGAUGAAAGUGAAGAAGAAUCAAGUGAAGAUGAAUCAGAUGAAGAUGAUGAUCCAGUACCACGAUUAAAACCGGUUAGAUAUUUUCAACCUUCAAAUAACCCAUAUACAAUUAUUUUUCAGAUUUUCACCAGAAAGAAGGACAGAAUCACUUUAUUAGAAUCUGAAAAAGAAAAAGAACGAGAAAUUCAAUUGAAAUUUGAAGAAGAACGAAGAGCUGAAGAGAGAAAACGAGAAAGUGUCAAGGUUUAUCCUUGAAAAUUUUUGGUUUGAAUAAGUUUUGAUUUUUUCAGCUUGUUGAACGUGUUCUCCGAGAGGAAGAAGAAGCUGAAAAACGAAAAACUGAAGAUACUCUCGAUUUAACAUCUAUUUUAACUGAUGAUGAAAGUGAAGACAUGGCUUAUGAGUCAUGGAAAUUGAGAGAAAUGAAAAGAUUAAAACGUAAUCGGUAUGUUGUUUAUACCUUAAUUGGAAUCUUCACAUAAUUAGAAUUAGAAAUUACAUCCAGAUAUCCAUAAAAUCUACAAAAUAUUUCUUAGUAUCCGGAGAUUGAAAAUUAUAUUUUUCGUUGACUUACCAAUUUCCUAUUUGCAUUUUAAAGACACAUCAGCCACUAGAAAUGAACAGAAAAUGAGUUUGUUCUUCUUUCAUAACACCUUUCAAGUAAUCGAAAUUCAUAAAAAUCAAGAAAAAAUUUUGAGUCUGGCAAAAGUGAAAAAAACAAAAUAAUUGUUUUUGAAAUCGCUCAGCCGACGGGAUUUUCGAAAGAGUUUGCACACAACGAAGCAAUAGAGCGCACAUGCUGUUUUUGUCAUUUGAAAAUAAAUGCGGGAAAUCUGUUUUUUCCAGUGGCUGAUGUGUCUUUAAUAUCUAUUCAGAAAUGAUUUUUUUUUAUUAUUAAAUUUUCACGCAAAGAUAUCCUGAGUUCACGUCAUAAUUUAUUAAUCACUAAAACCAACUAAAAUUUUCAGUGAUGAAAGAGAACAAUACGCCAAAGAAAAAGCUGAAUUAGAGAAAAUCCAUGCGAUGACCGAAGAAGAACGUGUCAAAUACUUGAAAGCUAAUCCGAAAAUCAUCACAAAUAAGGUUUGAAAUUAUUUAUUUUUUUAUAUUCAAAAAAAAUGUAAUUAUUUUUUCAGCAAGACAAAGGAAAGUAUAAAUUUCUUCAAAAAUAUUUCCAUCGAGGAGCUUUCUUCCUUGAUGAAGAAGAUGAUGUUUUGACAAGAAACUUUGCUGAAGCAACCAGUGAAGAUGUUUUUGAUAAAACAGUUUUGCCGAAAGUUAUGCAAGUAUGUUCAAGAUUUUUUAUUUCAUUUUUUUUAAUAUUUAAAAACAAUUUUCAGGUCAAAAACUUUGGUAAAGCAUCUCGAACAAAAUAUACACAUUUGACAAAUGAAGAUACAACUGAACAUCAAGGUGUUUGGGCAUCUCAAAAUCAGCUCAAUCAGCAGUUCUUUAACAAGAGAGCAGGUUUGUGACGUCACUUUUUCUCGAAAUUAAAAUGUGGGUUUUUUUUCAGCCGGAGCUCGACCAGUUUUCGAACGACCUGCUGCCAAGAAAAAGAAACAGUAG